AGCAGCGCGCCGGGGCUCCCCAGGGGCGCCUGCUCGGGCCCCCCGCCCCCCGCGCCCGCGAGGCCCUUCUGAUUUCCAGACUGUCCAGUGUGGGCUGAAAACGGGAGAGUCUGUUUCUGUCCCAACGAGCUUUGUCUCGGCGAGUGUCCUGCCGAAGGCUCUUGGCUGCCGCUGUCCCUGGGGCUGUGCUGUGCGGGCCCGCUGAUGAUCGUGAUGGCCCUGGAUAGCCGCCGGCCUCCUCCGAGGACAGAGGAGUAAUGCCUGGUGAGAGAGCUGGACGGGGCCGCAUCUAGCAUCCAAAUUAAGAGGAGACUCCGACGCUUGCAGAGGGUUAGACGCAUCCCUGCGUGACGCGGGUGUUGUGUUCAUCGCUGGGCGUCAGGAGAGCCUUCAGGAGCCGCGCUUUAUGGCAGGAUCAUGGCCACUCUCCCUCAGAACAAUCUGCAGGCGCAGCUGGCACGCCAUUCAGCCCAGAAACUUCGUGAUGUCCUGAGUCUCUCAAAGCCGAGAUCUGUAGGUUUCACUUUUAGAAAGAAAAUAUCUUCAGGCAAUGAUGCAUCUGUAACUCGUGUGUCAGUGGCAAAAACACCUGUGUUAAGUGAUAAAGAUGUUAAUGUGACAGAGGCCUCUCCCGUCAGUGAACCUUCACCCUACACCACAAAGCAGCAGACGAGGAUCAGUGACUUUAAAAAUGCCCCAGCAGGACAGCAAACCUCAAAACCUUUCCUGCCAGGUUCAUGGCAGGUUCCACAGGAAGGUUUAUGUACCACCCAGAACACACCAGUUACGCAAGAGUCCCGCCAUUCUGCUUUCAAGAAAUUAGAAUUUAGUUCUUCAUCAGAUUCUUUUAUUGCCACUGAGGACUGGGAUGAUAUGGACGACUUUGACACCUCUGGAAAUUCAAAAGCCUUUGUCACGCCAUGCAGAAAUCCCUUUGUCAGAGUAAGCACUGCCCAGAAGUCAAAAAAGUCUAAGAGAAAGUGUCUAAACUCACAGCUUCAGAAAGCCGAUGUGGCCAAGGCUGAUCCAGCUCCUCCCUCCUCUGAAAGUCAGCAGGCCUGUGUGCCCCAGGAGCAGAAGGGCGACUCUGGUGGGCCGGGUAGGUCUGUCAUCUACGUUGAUGACGCCCCCAGCCCCCAAGAGUUUGUGGACGAAGAUACUCAGGAAAGUCACUCUUUCAAAACUCUCUUGGGAGAGGAAAGAGAUGUUCCUGAGAAGAAGAAAAACUUAGAAGAAACAGAAUUAUGCUCACCUGAGAAAUCACCAUGUAUUGAGCUUGAGGACGAGGACAAUGUAGACUUUGUGCCCCCUUCUCCCGAGGAAGGAGUGACUUCUGCUUCUUCCUCCUCUUUAAAAUGCGUCAGUAUCUUGAAGGACCACGACACUUCUGAGGACGAGAGGGAUGGGCCCAGCACGCGGGAGGACACGCUGCCAGCUGGGAGGGUGACCCUGCAUCCAUCUGACGCUGGACCGACGCACCUCUGCCCGGAGCUUCUCCUGGUGAUGGGCCGCAUCUGCGAGCUGGUGGACGCCGUCCCUGCUGACGCGCUGCGGGCCUUGCCACGCGGGCCCCAACUGCUGCAGCAGCGGGAUCUCAGGAGGAAGCUCCUCGCGGGCGCCAAGUCCAACGUGGGUGAUGCUGGCGCCCUCGGCCCAGAGUGGCCAUGGCAGCCUGGCUCAUGUGGCCACCGAGUGGACAACGUGGCUUCUGUUUCCUUGCCUUACACACUCGCAGAGGGGGAUUCCUGUCCCGCUGGGACUUCAGUUCAGGGGCUCGAUUUUGCACACCUGCCCUCAACCUCCUUUUCUGCCGGCGAAUGUUCAGUGGCCUCGGUCUUGGGGCCAGCGGCCUCAGGCACCACAGGGGGCGCCGCUGAGAGUGCAGCGCUCAGCUCCCGUGCGUGGCAGCCCUGGGCGGGCAGCCCCAAGACUGACACUCCGAGGGUAGACAGACAAACUGAAAACCCUUAUUUCCCAGGCAAGGUUCUCACCAGCACGGCUGUAAAACAUCCGAACAAACACCAGGCUCCCCUUGCUGACACAGACAGAGGGGGCCGUGGCCCCCAUGACAUCGAUCAUUUCCAUAUAGAUGACUUUGACGAUGAUGACGAGGACUGGGAAGAUAUAAUGUGUAAUUUGGCCUCUGGCAAGUCCUCCACAGCUGCCUAUCAAGCGGUUAAGGAAGGUCGGCCCGUUAAGUCAUUAUCAGAAAGACUUUCAGCCAAGACGAACUGUCUGCCGGUGGCAUCUACUGCUCAAUAUCAGAACUCCUCAGCAUCGAUUCACAAUUGCCCCGACAAGUUGGCACAAAAUUUAGCACCCAAAAAUCUGAAACACCAGCGUUUCCAGAGUCUUAGUCUUCCUCAUACGAAAGAAAUGAUGAAGAUUUUUCAUAAAAAAUUUGGCCUGCAUAACUUCAGAACCAAUCAGCUGGAGGCCAUCAACGCCGCGCUGCUGGGCGAAGACUGCUUCAUCUUGAUGCCCACGGGAGGAGGCAAGAGUCUGUGUUACCAGCUGCCCGCCUGUGUGUCUCCCGGGGUCACUGUCGUCAUCUCUCCCUUGAGGUCACUGAUUGUCGAUCAAGUCCAGAAGCUGACUUCCCUGGACAUUCCAGCAACAUAUCUUACUGGUGAUAAGACUGACUCGGAAGCUACAAGUAUUUAUCUCCAAUUAUCAAAAAAAGACCCAAUUAUAAAGCUUCUGUAUGUUACUCCAGAGAAGGUCUGUGCGAGUAACAGGCUGGUGUCCACUCUGGAGAACCUGUAUGGGAGGAGGCUGCUUGCCCGCUUUGUCAUCGAUGAGGCACACUGUGUCAGCCAGUGGGGGCACGAUUUCCGCCAGGACUACAAAAGGAUGAGCUUGCUGCGCCAGCGGUUCCCCUCCGUCCCGGUGAUGGCGCUCACGGCCACAGCCAACCCCCGGGUGCAGAAGGACAUCCUCACGCAGCUCAAGAUCCUCUCGCCUCAGGUGUUUAGCAUGAGCUUUAACAGACAUAAUCUGAAAUACUACGUGUUACCGAAAAAGCCUAAAAAGGUGGCGUUUGAUUGCUUGGAGUGGAUCCGAAAGCAUCACCCACAUGACUCAGGGAUAAUUUACUGCCUCUCCAGGCGAGAGUGUGACACCAUGGCUGACACGUUACAGAGGGACGGGCUCGCCGCUCUGGCUUAUCACGCCGGCCUCAGCGAUUCUGCCAGAGACGAAGUUCAGCACAAGUGGAUUAAUCAGGACGGCUGCCAGGUCAUCUGCGCCACCAUCGCCUUCGGGAUGGGGAUCGACAAGCCCGACGUGCGCUUCGUGAUCCACGCCUCGCUCCCCAAGUCAGUGGAGGGCUACUACCAAGAGUCCGGCCGCGCCGGGCGCGACGGGGAGGUGUCACACUGCCUGCUCUUCUACACCUACCACGACGUGACCCGGCUGAAGAGGCUCAUCCUGAUGGAAAAAGAUGGAAACCAUCACACAAAGGAGACUCACUUCAAUAACUUGUACAGCAUGGUGCACUACUGUGAAAACAUCACGGAAUGCAGGCGGAUGCAGCUUUUGGCUUACUUUGGUGAAAAUGAAUUUAACCCUGAUUUUUGUAAGAAAUACCCGGAAGUAUCCUGUGAUAAUUGCUGUAAAACAAAGGAUUACAAGACGAGAGACGUGACCGAUGAUGUCAGACACAUUGUCAGGUUUGUCCAGGAGCACAGCUCAGCACAGCCGCGGAGGAACUCCAAGCACGUCGGUCCUGCUGGCAGGUUCACGAUGAACAUGCUGGUCGACAUCUUCCUGGGGAGCAAGAGCGCGAAAGUUCAGUCGGGGAUAUUUGGAAAGGGGUCCGCCUACUCCCGCCACAACGCCGAGAGGCUCUUCAAGAAGCUGGUGCUCGACAAGAUACUGGAUGAGGACUUGUACAUCAACGCCAACGACCAGGCGAUUGCCUACAUGAUGCCCGGAAGUAAAGCCCACGUUGUCCUCAGCGGGCAGCUAAAGGUGGACUUUAUGGAAACAGAAAAUUCCAGCAGUGUGAAAAAACAGAAAGCUCUGGUGGCAAAGGUGUCUCAGAGGGAAGAGAUGGUCAAGAAAUGCCUUGGAGAACUGACGGAAGUCUGCAAGUCUCUGGGGAAGGUGUUUGGUGUCCAUUACUUCAACAUUUUUAACACCGCCACUCUCAAGAAGCUCGCAGAAUCUUUAUCUUCUGAUCCUGAGGUCCUGCUUCAAAUUGACGGCGUUACUGAAGACAAGCUGGAGAAAUACGGCGCGGAAGUGAUUUCAGUGUUGCAGAAAUACUCGGAGUGGACGCUUUCAGCUGAGGACGCCCCGCGCGUUAGCCCGCCCGGCAGCGGAGGCCCUGGGCGAAACGCCUCUGAGUCGUCGUCGGAGGCGGAGGCACCUGUCUCUUCUCACUACUUUGCAAAUCAAACCAGAAAUGAAAGGAAGAGGAAAAGGAUGGCCGCCUCCCGCAGGCCCAAGCGGAGAAGGACCGGCUUCGGCGGCUCCAGGACAAGGGGGGGGUCCACCGCGUGCAGAAAGGCAUCCUCCAGAGCUAAAGCCUGCAGCGUCUUCGCACCUGGGUCUGCUGUGCACGGGGCGCAGGCGGCGUCAGUGGCCAGUAGGAAGCUGGGGAUCAUGGCCCCACCGAAGCCCGUGAACCGUCCCUUCCUCAAGCCCACGUUCGCGUUCUCCUAAUGGCCUGGCCGUGGCACGCACAGGCUUGUCUGUCAGCAUCGGACCAUCUGUGAACAUAAAGCUGUGGUUUUGUUAAUGCCAUUUGUAAUUUUUACCCAUAUCUAUUAAUAUGUAAAUAAAUGCUUGGGAUGACAGUUCUUAUUUUUAAAAUAAACAUUUUCUUUUGAAUAAGCAUGA